GGGCAGGGCUGCGCGGGGCCGGGCCGGCCGGAUCGGAGCGGGGGAUGCGGUGCCCGGGCGCAGCAUGCUGUGGGGAGUCGGGCUGGCGGCGCCUCGCUCCUGCGUGGCGGACCUGAGCCGCAACCGCAGCCUGUCGCUGGGCUGGUGCGCGGGGCCCGAGGAGCCGCCGCCCGCGCUCUAUGGGGGCGAGCUGGUCGCCUUCCCGCUGGCGGGCGCGGGGGCGGGCGGCACCAUGGCGGCGCUGGGCUCCGACUCGUGGUGGAAGAAGACGCUGUACCUGACGGGCGGCGCGCUGCUGGCCGCCGCCGCCUACCUGCUCCACGAGCUGCUGGCCAUCCGGAAAGAGCAGGAGAUUGAUUCAAAAGAUGCUAUCAUACUGCAUCAGUUUUCGAGGCCCAACAACGGUGUUCCAAGUCUGUCGCCUUUCUGUCUGAAAAUGGAAACGUACCUAAGGAUGGCUGACCUGCCCUACCAGAACUAUUUUGAUGGAAAACUUUCCCCUCAAGGAAAAAUGCCUUGGAUUGAAUACAAUCACAAAAAAGUGUCUGGCACUGAGUUCAUUAUUGACUUUUUGGAAGAGAAACUUGGAGUGAAUUUAAAUAAAAACCUUGGUCCGCGAGAAAGAGCUGUUUCCAGAGCAGUGACAAAGAUGGUGGAGGAGCACUUCUAUUGGACUCUUGCUUAUUGCCAAUGGGUGGAAAACCUUCAUGAGACGCAAAAGAUGAUUUCAGUUUACGGCCCCCUCAGCGACUUGCUGAAGUGGAUUCUUUGCCAUCUGACCAAAGGGAUCGUGAAGCGGGAGAUGUACGGUCACGGAAUUGGCCGCUUCUCUGAGGAGGAGAUGUACACACUGAUGGAGAAGGACAUGCGGACUCUAGCAAGCCUCCUGGGUGACAAAAAGUACAUUAUGGGACCAAACCUUUCCACUGUUGAUGCCACAGUUUUUGGUCAUCUGGCACAGGCAAUGUGGACACUACCAGGGACUAGACCAGAGAGACUAAUCAAAGGCGAACUCAUUAACCUUGCUAUGUAUUGUGAAAGGAUAAGGAGGAAAUUCUGGCCAGAAUGGCACCAUGAUGACGAUAACACUCUGUAUGAAUCUGAGGAAAGCAGUGACGCAAGCAAGACUCACUCCCCCUUGCAGGACUUCAGUUUUUAUUCAAGGACAGAAACAUUUGAUGAGGAAGGGAACAGUAUUUCUCAUACUCCCGACACAGAUUACACUGGACACUCCCUUUUUGAUUCAGAUGUGGACAUGGAUGACUACAGAGAUCACGAACAAUGCAAAUGAUGUGUACAAGCGUCUCUUGUUUUGCAGACAAGCUAUUUCUUGGGAUCAGUUGGAUUUAUUUUCUGCUCCAGGUUGGGAGAAGGUUGGUACCACCUUCUAGAGACCAUUGUGCUUGACUUGGCUGUCACAUCCUACCUGGACUAUCUCGACCUUAUUUCAUUUUGUGUUAUUGUUCAGAUGGAACCAAGGUAAACAGUUAUUUAAAACACAGAGUGGGAGGACUAGAGGUCCAGAGGACAACAGUAACUUUUGAUCUACGUUCUUGCUCCCAUUGAAAAACAGAUCCUGCACUUGAGUGGGAGAAACCUCCAGGAGGUGGAGCAUUUGUAAGAGUUGGUUUCUGUUGAUAUCUUUACAGGAAUGGGUCAAGGACAAAAGUGAAAGAGGCGCUACUGGCACACCUUUCUCAUGUGGAAGAAAAUGAUUGAUGCUGAUUUGGUGCAGUUUUGGGAGAGUUUUGAUAGCUACCUGCAGUCUCGGUGAUCACGGAGUGUCUGCAGGAAUGAACUGCUCCUGGUUCUUUCAGAGACAGACAAGGAAGGCAGGAAGGAAAUGUGUUCCUACAGAAGGGAACAUUUUAGCAAUUCUUGUUCUUUGCAGAAGGUUGAAAUCACUGUUCUAGAAUAUUUUUAUUCAAAAGAAGAAUGUCAGUUUUAAUGUAUAAUCACCCACACACUGAUCUGGAAAGUGUGUUGGCCAAAGCCUGGCUUCAGGCCUUUAAAUUUCUUCUGUGUUUUUGAAUUAUUACUAUGUUUGUACUUCCUGCCACCGGCUGUUAUCUGCUACUGAUGCUAGAGAAAUGGGAUUCAUUACUGAAAGCCUGGAGCAUCUCAGCAGUGGGUGCUUUGUGCUUUUUACACAAAGACACAUCAAACUUCAAAGUUUGCAAAGGAACUUGAGGUGUUUUUAGGUGUGAGGAGCUGUGUAAAUGUUAUCCUGCAGUCAAAUGCUUUAGAGUUGGCUAGGACGGUGGGCAUUUGCGGGCUUAUAAUGCACAAUUCCUAAAGGCAGUGUGUGGGAGCAAGCUGUGAGAAAACAGCAGUGUCAGAGCAUAUUCUGUGAGGAUUUCCAGGAGCUGAGAUAGUGACUAGGGUUGAUCAUAAAGCCUCUUUGGUGGCAUACUUGUGAAUCUGGAAGACCAAAGCAAGAAUAGCUGCACAGGUGCUGAUGUGCUCUGGUGUCAGUGCGAAGAUGAGAAUGGAUCCAUUCAGUUGGCCCACCUGUUUGAAGUUAAGCACUUACACCUGUGUUGCUUGGUUGUGAGUGGUUGAUUUUAAUUAGAGAGAAAGUAUACGGAAGUUGCAGAUGGCCCUGGUCUUUGUAGGAGUAUAUAAAAUCAAGUUUUGUCUGCGUAAGUUGGUGGUAGCCUGUUGAAAUUAGUUUAAUCUUUCUCACUGAGUUACAGUUCCAUGAAUCAUGACCUCUCAGCAGAAAUUUUAUCAUAUGCUGAUUCUGAGAAUAGGCAGGACACAACUACUUGAUGAUGAUAGUUGCUGAUGGUCCCAGUAGUCUGGAGGUUGAACUAACUCCAGCUUUCAAAGAAUGUCUCCCUUUCCUGUGCUGUUGAGUGUCUUCGACAGGAAGAUACUUGUUGUGGGGAACACCCAGCUAGCCAUGGCUCUGCAAGCAGAGGGGACAAGGCUGCAGUGAAUUCCUGUGUCUCUUCCAUGUCUGAGAGCCACUGCAGUGAGAGCAGGCAGUUUGGUCUGAGGUGAGCACAAACUUGUAUCUGUUUCCUAAAUUCCCGACACGUUUGCUUGAAGCUGUGCUCCAGCCUCUAUAAUCAUGGGCAAGUCUCUGUUGUCAUGUUUGCAAAAGCAAAAUGAACCAAAACUGAGGAGGGGGAAGGUGUAAUGCAGUUACCUGGAACCCUUCUUAGGAAACUAAGCACAGGAACAGGUCACAAGGACAUGAGUCUUGGGCUUGAAAGCACAAGGGGCAAUGGUCUGAUAUGCCUGUGAAACUUUGCAGGUAAGUCAGGGCAGAUGCAAACAUUUAGGUACUGGUAUUCUGGAUAAAAAGCAUCUACAUCAAGAAGCUCCUGUUCAAAAAUACUUAUGUUUUGGGAAUUCUGGUAGAGACAUUCUCAUUUAUUUAUCCAUCUUUUCAGCAUUAGGAGAGUGUGUUUCCGGGUAUGGAGCUCGUGCUGGCACCAGAUGAAUCCCAGCAAUGAGUCAUGGUUAUUAAAAGACCAGUCUGAGUUCAUUGGACAGAGUCAUAUUUUAUAAUUUUCCUGGGCUGACAGGUCUGUCAGUGGCAGCGAUGCUUGGGGCAUCCCAAAAGGCAAACUGAUCAGAAGCCAGUGAUGUAAUUUUACCCUCUCAUGUGGAAGCAGCUGCAUUUGGAUAUCACAUGGCAAUACGUGGUAGCGGGCACAGAAAUUGGCAUCACUGCCAUGGUACAAAGCUGGUGUGAUGUUGUCGUCUCCUACAUCUGAAAAGUUUUCUUGGUGGGUGCCCAAUACUUUGUUCCCAGAAUUGCUUCUGUGAUACAUCUGGUACUGUACAGAGUAGGGCAUAUAUAUGCAUAUCUAUAUACACACACAUAUAUAUACACUCUUAAAAAUAUAUGUGUACGUAUAUAAAAAUAUGUGAAUGAAUAUGUGUAUAUGUAUGUUCUGGUGCCAAAAGGGGCAGUAUGGUGAGAAAUAAUCUGAGGAUUUAUCCUCAGCACAGCCUUGACUUGCGUUGGUUAGUGUGGUGGUGGGCUUUGUUGAAGAAAAGUGAAACACAGAGUGGAUCUGAAGGGGUUGCGGAGGGGGAAGGAACUUUUUGUUGUCAGCUGCUAUUUUUUUCAGUGAUGUAAUCAGUUGGGUGAAUGUAUUUUGUAGCAUGUCACAUGCCUUCCAUUUCUUAGGAACUACUCAGGUUAUUUUAGAGAAGUUACUCAGUAAGUAGCUUUCUCCUUAUGACAGCUAUUGUAGGUACUGUGUUUCCGUGUUUGGCUUGUUUCAAACUAGAGGUGAAAUUAGAAAACAGCAUUUGUUUAGGAAUUUGUAUGUAUAGUAUUUUGUCAAGGUCUGGUAGUAAAUCCUUGAGUUCAUUUAUCCUGUCCAGAAACAAAUGUUGACUGUUAGACCUGUGUUAAGGAUUUAAUCCAAGCCUUUUUCUUUUGGAAACUGGCCUUGGCAAAAUGUCUGUGGGGGAAAAAUGUUUAGAAAAAGAAAUUGCUUUGUUAACAUCCAUGAAAAAGUGCUAGAUCGUCUUGGUUUGCAUGGAGGAAGAGUGGACAAGAGUUGUCAACAACAAUGGAACACACUUAAAUUUUCAACAUUUUGCUAAAAGGGCAAUGUUUCCUUAGUCCUGCAAAGGUUUUCUCUCCUUGCUCAUUUCUUUUAUUUUUUAGUCUCCAUUUCACAGCUUGAGGGGCUGUGCAAAUCCUACAAUCUGUCUGAGAGCAUCUGAGAAUCACAUAGUUAGAAGGGACCCACGGGGAUCACUGAGUCCAACUCCUGGCUCCACACAGCACCACCCAGAAUUCAGACCCCGUGGCUGCGAACAUUGUCCUAGUGUUUCCUGAACUCUGGCAGCUCAGGGCUGUGCCUGCUGCCCUGGGCAGCCUGUUCUAUGCCCACUGCUCUGUGGUGAGGAACCUUUCCCUAGCCCCACCCUGACCCUCUGCUGAUGUGGCUUCAUGGCUCUUUAUUUCCCUUGGGCUCUUCAUUCAUUACAGUAUGCCCAGGUGGCUAAGAGGGUCAAUGCCAUCCUGGCCUGCAUUAGAAAUAGUGUGGCCAGCAGGACCAGGGAGGUAAUCAUCCCCCUGUACUCAGCACUGGUGAGGCCACACCUUGAGUAUUGUGUUCAGUUUUGGGACCCUCACUACAAAAAAGACAUUGAGGCCCUGGAACGUGUCCAGAGAAGGGCAACAAAACUGGUGAGGGGUCUGGAACACAGAUCAUACGAGGAGCGGCUGAGGGAGCUUGGAUUGUUCAGUCUGGAGAAGAGGAGGCCCAGGGGAGACCUCAUUGCACUCUACAACUUCCUGAAGGGAGGUUUUGAUGAGGAGGGGUUUGGCCUCUUCUCCCAGGCAACAAACAGGACCCAAGAAAAUGGCCACAAGCUGUACCAGAGGAGGUUUAGGUUAGACAUAAGGAAAAACUCUUUCACUUAGAGAGUGGUCAGGCACUGGAAUGGCCUGCCCAGGGAGGUGGUGGAGUCGCCGUCCCUGGCAGUAUUUAAGAGUCAUCUGGAUGAGGAGCUACGAGAUAUGGUUUAGUGGCUUGUGGUAGCAGUGGUAAUGGGAAGAUGGUUGGACUGGAUGAUCUUGUAGGUCCUUUCCAACCUUAUAAUUCUAUGAUUUUAUUUCCUCUGCUUUUUUUUCUCCCUCACUGUCCCCUGAUGAAAAUUGCAAUGGAAGUCCGCAGCAAACACCCCGCAGGCCCUGACCAUGGUGCUGCAGGGGCCAGGAAAUCAGGUGUCACUGCAGCGCUGAAACCUGGGACAGCCUGUGAGCGCCGACUGCCUGCUGUGUGAGGUAUGAGGGCCUUUUGAAGCUGAAGGGUGAAAGAGACCACGAUGUUGUGCCUGAGGUGAUGCUGACCCUGCAGGGUUUCUUAGCGACUGGGGACUUCUUACGGGGCAGUGUUAGAAAGGGUUCAGGAGCUUGUGUCAUGAGAGCCAUGUGCAUGGGAGGUGCAGGAGACCAGACCUGGUGGUGAUCCCAGCCAUGGUUGUGGGCUGACCUGGGGAAGCAGCGGGGUAAGCAUGGGAGUAGGCAGUGUGUGUGAGGGGCCUUGUUCAUGAGUAGGGAGCUGGUCUUUGUCUUCACUAUGAGCCAGUGUGGUUGCACCAUUUUUUUUUAUUUUGAACACUGCCAAAUACUGAGUAUUGUAUUUAUUUACAUAAUUCUUCUGUGAGGGAAUGAUAAUUGGUCUUCUCUUCCUCGUUUGGCGAAUGGGAAUUAAAAAAAUACUCUGUGUUCCCACUGCAGUUAAAUUUAAAACAGCCUGGUUUGUGGGAUUUUAAUCUUUAAUUUUCUUUUCUUUUUUUUUUUUUGAACUGUGAAUUGCAGUGUUUGAUUGCGUAACACUCCAUCGUGUCAGGAUGGAUUUGUGUGUCAGUGUCAGCAUUGCUGGCUCUGUCAGCAGAGCUCACUGUUACCAAGUGGAGAGAGAGAUGCUGGGCUGUAUAGGUCCUACAGAAAUUGUACAAAUGUGGGGCUUGAUUUAAGAACCAAACCAGACCUGAUGUUUCAGAUCUGGAGGACUGUUCCCAUCCAAUUACAACACUGCAAGUCACACAUUUUGAUCUUUAAAACCUUGGCAAUGUCCCUCCAGAUCUGUAUUCUCUUUGAAAAAAUAUUGCCUGAAAUAUUUCUGCAGCAAUAGUUCAGGCACAAAUUUCCUUUUGUCAGUGAUGUCUGCUCAAGUAAUCAUGACAGCUUCAUACUGUCUUCAUUGAAAGGGUUGUAUCUGUCAGAUACUGAGCCGUACAAAAUACUGCCUUCUGGAAAAGUGUGUUAUGUGCAGAUUUAUGCAGGGCAGCUCACCAAGCAAAAUUUCUGUGGCAGGGGAUGAAUUCAAGUGGGUCUUGUCCUUAGAUGUUUGAAGAAUUUGAAUCUGUUUCCUGACAAGUGGCUACUUCAUCUAACCCCCCCACCCCCAUCACCAAAUACUGCAAAAUUAUAAAUCAGGCCUAUAAUCAAUCAAAAUAAAGCAAAUUAUGCUCUUCAAAUGCAGAGUUACGUUGAACAGCACUGUAGCUGGUAUAUGGAAAUGGAUAUACGUAGUGUAGGGGUAAGUCAUGCCCAUACCUGUCAGUGGCUGUGAUCUGGAGGAACACUGUCUGGGCUGUGGACAAGGAGGACUAGAGGUACUUUUGAAUGACCACAGUGGUUUUCAGCAGCAUAUUAGUGCUGCUGUAGCUGUGUGUGCUGUGCUUCAGCUGCUUGUUACCACUGAUGAGGUAGUGGAGGGGCUUCCUUAACACUGCUGCUCAGGUGGGGCUGCUGCUGUGGUGUUGUCCUGCACCCACACUGUGUUCUGUGUCCUCGUGACAAGGGACAAGGAUCCCUUUUGGUCUGGCUCCUUUGCAUGGCACUGCAAUGGCUGUGGCUUCCUUCUGAUGGUGCCCAGUGGGGUGCAUGGGCCAUUGCAACCCACUGGUGCCCUGUCAAGGGGAGACCUUCUCCAUUGCCCCAUACUGUGUGGGCCUCCUGUGUGAGGGUGGAAUGGGUGCAUGGAUUUUCAGGCUAGUGACCUCAAUCUUCACAGCUUUGCUUAGCUGAGAAAAGCGUUGCAGCACAGAUCAGCUCUGUCUGAGCAAUUUUGGGCAGUGCUCUCUGAUGGCCAUUGUGAAGAGCUUUUCUUGCACGCCUUCCCUGUACGUGCUAACAUGAAGAACUUCUCAGCAGAGAUUUUCACAGGUUCCUGAGGUGUUUGGAAAGCAACGGGAUGUCUGUGUGCAGUAUGGGAAUCUUAAUCGAUGAAAACGUUCAGUGAGUCACUGCGGUGCUGAGCCGUGAGUACUGCAUCCUGUUUGCCCAGCUGGCAGAUUUUGAGGCCAGAGAUAGUUAUGGGCAUUGAGUGUGACUCAUACAUAAAAAGGACCCUAGAAUUUCAUUCUUAACGAUUUCCACAUCCAGCUCAAGAAACUUAAGCAGAAAUAGAGCAUCUGCUUCCAAAAGGCAUUCAGCUUCUGCAGAACAGCAAGAUCCUCCCCUUUGAAGACACUGGCAGAAGUGCCACUGGCUUCAGAAGGGCCAGAGGUUUCCAACUGGGCUUCCAAGUGACCCAGAAUUUACCACUUCUCUCAAUUCUCUGUCUGGGUCAUUUGGAAGCCCUCAUGCUGAAAUUUACCUUACUGGGGCUGUUCACUAGAGGAAGACAGACAAGAUGUGACACUGGUUGUUUGUUUUUUAAACUCUUUAAAAAUAAUAAUAAUAAAAAAAUCUUUUUAAGCUUCACUGGUUGCGAUGAUGUUGUCACUGGGCACAGUGUUUGCAUAUGCUCUUCCCUUGCUUUUUAAUUUGUUCUUAAGAGUGGGCUUCUCUUGAUUGUACAGGUUUUUAUUUUUCAGAACACUUGAAGAAUGCGGGCCCCAAAGUUUUAAUCUUCGGGGUGCAAAAUCAGCCAAGAACAAAGCAUAUACGGUGAGUAUGGGGGAGGGAUGUGUCCAGCUCUGUACGGUGUACAAGGUUUUCCUAACAAAGUGGAGUAACACAUUGCUAAAUGAGGACUUUAAUGCUGUAGUUGCAUUACGUUGUUUGUUGAUGAAUUCACAAGACAUACAUUAUUUUAGCACUGUUAUUACUACUAGUUUACAAAGCCAUAUUUAAAAUUGUACACUUAAUUGUAACAUAACUUCAAAUUGUGUACUGUGUUGAUUCCUGUAUGUAUAUAUGAAAAUCUGUAUAUUUUGUCUUUAUGCCAUAUGUCAUUGGUGUGUAAAUUACAAGUAAUGGAUCUAAAAUA